AUGGCCAACAAGCGCUCCCACGCCGCUCUUAACACACCCGCCCCAGAUGACGACGACCCGAUCGACCCGUCCGAUGAGCUCAUCUUCAUCGCGCUGGGCGGCGGAAACGAGGUGGGGCGGUCAUGUCAUAUACUGCAAUACAAGGGCAAAACGGUCAUGCUCGACGCUGGCAUACAUCCCGCGUAUGAUGGACUGGCAGCAUUACCCUUCUACGAUGAGUUCGACCUGAGUACCGUUGAUGUUUUGUUGAUUACUCACUUCCACAUGGACCACGCCGCCUCCCUCCCCUACGUCCUGGCCAAAACAAACUUCGCCGGCCGAGUCUACAUGACCCACCCAACCAAAGCCAUCUACAAACACCUCAUGCAAGACUCCGUCCGCGUCCAAAACACCCACGUCUCCACCUCGGCCUCGACCUCCACGACCUCAGGCACAGACGGCUACGUAAACCAACUCUUCAACGAAACCGACAUCCUCACCACCCUCCCCCUAAUCCAAACCAUAAGUUUCAACACCACCCACGUCCACAAUGGCAUCCGCUUCACCCCCUACCCCGCCGGCCACGUCCUCGGAGCCUGCAUGUACGUCGUCUCCAUCGCCGGUCUAAACAUCCUCUUCACAGGCGACUACAGCCGGGAAAACGACCGGCACCUCAUCCCCGCCUCUGUACCCAGGGGAGUCAAAAUCGACUGUCUCAUCACCGAAUCCACCUUCGGCAUCAGCACCCACGUCCCGCGUCUCGAGCGCGAAACCGCCCUCAUGAAAAGCAUCACCUCCAUCCUCCUCCGCGGCGGCCGCGCUCUCCUCCCCGUCUUCGCCAUAGGUCGCGCGCAGGAACUUCUGCUCAUCUUGGAAGAUUACUGGACGCGACACGAAGAGUUCCGGAAAUUCCCCAUUUACUACGCUUCCUCCUUGGCGCGGAAGUGUAUGGUAGUCUACCAAACCUACAUCGACAGCAUGAAUUCCUCCAUCCGGGCGAAAUUCCAAUCGGGGGCUACAUCGACCACCACCUCCGCCGACGGAGCGACGAGCACGGGGGCUAGUGGACCCUGGGAUUUCACAUAUAUCCGCUCCCUCAAAUCUCUAGAUCGCUUCGACGAUGUAGGCGGGUGCGUGAUGCUCGCUUCGCCUGGGAUGCUGCAGAAUGGGGUUUCGCGGUCCUUACUCGAGCGCUGGGCUCCGGACCCGAGGAACGGGGUCGUUAUCACGGGAUACUCGGUUGAGGGCACGAUGGCGAAGACGAUUAUGUUGGAGCCGGAUGUGAUUCCUGCUGUUAUGACUGCUAAUCGUGGGGGUGGAGGAGGAGGAGGGCAACAAGGCGGUAUGCUGACUGGCAAGAAACCCGGCGCGGCUGGUGCGGACGGGGAGAAGGUCAUGAUACCCCGCCGUUGUACGGUACAGGAAUUUUCUUUCGCCGCCCAUGUAGAUGGGAGCGAGAAUAGGGAAUUCAUCGAGGAAGUCGCCGCUCCCGUGGUGGUUUUGGUGCAUGGGGAGAAACAUAAUAUGGGCCGGUUGAAAUCGAGAUUGUUGAGUCUGCAGAAGAUGAAGGUUUUCUCCCCGGCGAAUUGCGAAGUCCUUCGUAUACCCUAUCGUCAAGACAAGAUUGCUCGCGUAGUUGGGAGGUUGGCGAAGGAGGUGGAUUUGGCGGGGUUGGUGUUGCCGAGUCCCGCUGCUUCUGUGGAGGAGGAGGAGGAGGAGGAGGAGGAGGAGGAUGGGGAUGGAGAUGGGGAUGGGAUGAGGGGUAGAGGAGAUGAUGGUGCAGGGGAGGCGAAGAAGCUGCGCACGGCUGAGGGACAGCUCAUCAGCGGUGUGCUCGUGCAGAACGAUUUCAAGCUCUCGCUCAUGGCGCCGGAGGAUCUGAAGGAGUUUGCGGGCUUGACUACGACGACGAUUUUGUGCCGGCAGAGGAUUACGCUGGCGGCGGCGGGGGUGGAGCUUAUACGGUGGGCGCUGGAGGGGACGUUUGGGGGGGUGGGGGUUGUGCCUGAGGCUGACGAGAUAGAGAUGAAGGAGGAGGGGCAGAAUGGUGGGGAUUCGAUGGUGAGGGAGGAGGGGAAGGGCAGUAGAGUCGUUAUGGACGUUAUGGGUGGUGCUGUUCGGCUUACGCACCAUUCGACCACGGGGGAAGUGGAGAUGGAGUGGGAGGGCAAUGUGACGAAUGAUAGUAUCGCCGAUGCGGUCAUGGCUGUGCUGCUUAGUGUCGAGAGUUCGCCGGCGGCUGUGCGGCAGAGCUCGAAGAUGGGGUCGCAUUCGCACUCUCACUCACACUCGCACGGACACAAAAGUGGGUUGAGGCGCGAGAGCGUGGAGGAAGGUGUGUAUGAUCCUUUUGGCGACGAGGAGAUGGUGGAGGGGGAGAAGAGCAAUGGCGAUACGAACGGCGAUGGGGCUGUGGAGGACGGGCUAGAGGCACGGCUGAAGGGGAAGCGACAUCCUCUCGCUGAUGUCUCGGCGGAGGAGAAAUUAAGCCGGGUCUUCAUGUUCCUCGAGGCCCAAUUCGGCGAGGACGCAAUAACUCCCAUCGCUCGCCCGCGCCCUACUACGUCACAGAAUGGGACGGAUGGCGAAGCCCCAGACGAGAUCUCUCUCCAAAAAUCCGAAGCGGCAGAACUUAAACGGCUUCAUGAUAUGGGAAUUCCGGUCCCGGGGAUUGAGAUUCAGGUCGAUAGGAGUGUGGCGAGGGUUUGGCUGGAGGGGUUGGAGGUCGAGUGUGGGAAUAAGACCCUUGGGGAUCGGGUGAGGGCGGUGGUGGAGAGGGGGGUGGGGACUGUGGCGCCUUUGUGGCGGUAG